AUGAAGCUCUCCCUGGCCUCCCUCGGCGCCACAGUCGCUAUUACGUUCUGCCUCGGGCAGGCGAACGGCAGCCUCCGUGAUUCUCAACAGCAACUCGUACCCGACCCCCUGCCGGCUCCUACGGAAACACGCAAGUGCGCCCCAGCGAAAAAACUGGAGCUAAUGAUUUCUGAGCCGAAAGAGACCGCCGCGUUUAUUUGCCCGACGACACUUCCGGUGCUGGACCCGGAAUAUGCUGAAGCAUCCGUCCAGAAAGUGUACCUUGGCAAAGAGGUAAAGAAUCUCAGAGAAAUCCUUACGGACGCGACGUUGAUAAAAACUACCUCAACACCACAGUCCAAUGGACAGGGAACCAAGGCUGCGGCCUCCCAAAGCGCAGACGAGGGGUAUACCUUAACUGUUCCUCAGCUGCCGCAUGAGAAGACAACAAUCGCUUUCAAAUGCAAGCCCCAGAACGGGGAGAAAGAGGAGCAGUUGGAGGGGAAGGGCACACCGGCCGAAGCAUGCGAGGUUUUCAUCACAGUGGCAUCAUCAGGAACAUCUGCAGCCCUUCAAACGGUCUCCGCUGCGACCGCCAUCAUCGGCUUCCUCUCCGCGGCCACAAAUGGCGUCCUGUAG